CUCACCAUAAGGUGUCAAACCUAAAGUUGAUAGUCUUGCAGUUACACUUGCCAUAUCCGGGCACUUUUUAGAUGGAGCAUGACUAUAUCAUUUUCAUGUCAAAGGGACAAUCAAAACAACAACAUAAAAUGACAUUAAUCAUAUCAAUAAUUAUUUGUCAAAUCAGACUAUGUAAAUCGAUGAUCCAAACUAUUGACUUUAAGUCAUAAAGAAGAAAGAUGUAAUAUGAAAAUCAAAUAUUGAAUGGUCCUGUAAUUAGGUCAACAAAAUAUGGCAGAAGGAAAAGUUUUACUAGCCCUGCUAAAUGGGCUUGCACGCAAAGAAUACUACAAUGAGGCGGAUAUCAAUGAUGACAUGCUAAAAGAACAACUUUUUCCUGACACACCAGAUGAUGAAUUCGCUCAUAUAAAACAAAGGGCUUCUUCAAUAAUACAUAGUAUGGUAGCCUCUAAUAUGGACCUGAAUCAACUCGAAGUAUUUCUAACAUCCCAAACAAAGAAAAAAGAUCAUCCGCUAACAGAAGAACAAGUUAAAAUCUAUGCAAAAUUUUGGAAACAGCAUCGAACAAAGAUUCAUGAACAAUUAGUUACACGGACAGUUUGGGGGAACACUUUAAAAGAUGUUAGCUGGAGAGUUGACGUCAUGUCCCAGUCACGCUCAAUGGAGAGUAUAAAUACACCUACAGCCAUAGUGGAGCUACAAUUAGAAAAUAGGAUGAAAAAUGAGACAGAUUCCAUUACAUUUGAAAUGAAUGAGGAAAAGUUACAAAGUGUUCUUUCAAGUCUGCAGGAAAUUGAUGAUACCAUCAAGAAGUAUAGCUCUUGAGCUACUCAAUAUACAUUCAAUUUGAAUAUUUGUAAUUGUAUAAACAAUCUGCCAUAAAGAUACUCACUAUGAAACAUCACAUCUCGGAGGGAAACCUUUUUUUGACAAACUACAAAAUGUUGGUCUAUCCCAACACAUGGCAGUAUUCAUCCAAAGAAUUUCUCUGCUGUAUGCAAAUUUAUUUAACCUAUUCUGACUAAGAAAAAUCCAACAUGUUAACAAACCUAAUUUUCAUGAUUUUCCAAAAUCUCAAAUUGAUGUUUAACUUAAUACAGCGGAAUUUCAAUUCCACAACUUCGUAUAGUAUUUCCAGUUGCUACAGAGAUGAGGUAAUUAAUGUACUGUACAUGUAAAAUGUUCCCUAAUGUAUCACUCUACUACUUGAUCACGUUUAAAAGGAUACAGGCCACAGUGAAGUUGCAAAUUGAGCGUGUAUUCUCUAUCUUAAUUUGUCUAUAGAGCUUUUCUGGUAAUAAUAAACUGCAAACUGCUUGAUGAAUCUAUACAAUGUUCAAUAGAAUACUUGGAACAUAUAAAAUCUAGUUUAUCUUCAGAAAUAUUGAAAUGAACAAAAAU